GUUUUGAUGACGUUUACAAUUUCAAUUCACUGAGGAACUGCCGCUGGUUUCGUAGAAGCAAUUUUUUAAAUCAAAAACACACACUUCUUCUCGCCAAACAGGUGUUCUGUCCGCAUCGCUCCUUAAGACUGGGAUCUUGGAUGGAGUGAGUGUUGAGCCCCAAUGAGAUGACUGACCAGGGCAACAACAACCAGAAUAUCUCCUGCAACCCCUUCGCUGCCCUCUUCAGCUCACUGGCUGAUGCCAAGCAAUUUGCAUCAGGCCAGAAAGCAGAGCCGUCUGCUGAACCACCACUGGAGGACUCAGGAGAGAGCCAGUCCGAGUCGGAAAACUCUGUGUCAGACAGCGUCGAUGACAAUGACGACUCUGUGGCAGAGAUCAGCCGCUCCUUCCGGUCCCGGCAGGAGCUGUGUGAACAGCUCAAUGUCAAUCACAUGAUCCAGCGAAUAUUUCUCAUUACUCUGGACAACAGUGACCCCAGUAUGAGAGGAGGUAAUGGGAUCCCCCCUCGCUGUGUUUACCUGGAGGAGAUGGCUGCUGAUCUGGAUGGACAGGACUGGCUGGACAUGGACAACAUAGAACAGGCUCUGUUUAACCGUCUGCUGGUACUCGAGCCAGGAAACCACCUCAUCUACAUGACGUCAUGCAGUGCUGUUAACCUGUCUGCUGACCGUGAUGCUGGAGAGAAGUGUGCCAUCCCUUACCUCUUUGCUUGUUACCAGAGGGCCAAAGAAGAGGUGACGAAGGUACCAGAUAAGUUACUGCCGUUUGCCGUUCGCUGUAAGAACCUAACAGUUUCCAACACACGGACGGUUCUGCUCACCCCAGAGAUCUACAUCAGCCAGAAUAUCUACGAACAGCUUCUGGACCUGUUGCUGGAAGGUUUCAGUGGAGCACAGCCAGAGGAGGUGGUUGAGUUUGUGGAGGAGGCCAUUGCUGGCCUGCUCUCCGACCAGGAGGUGCGUACCUUCGAGGAGGUGAUAGUACCAGUGUUUGAUAUUUUCCAGGGACGCGUCAAAGACUUGGAUCUGUGCCAGCCUGUCCUCUACUCCUACCUGGAUGUCCUGCUCUAUUUCAGCCACCAUAAAGAUAUUGCCACGGUAUUGGUGGAACACAUUCAGCCUAAAGACCCAGCUAAUGGUUUGCAGUACCAGAAGACCUUACUGGGAGCAGUGUUGAGUAUCUCCUGCUUGUUGAAAACCCCAGGUGUGGUGGAGGGACAUGGCUACUUCCUGAACCCCUCCCGCUCCAGCGCCCAGGAAACAAAGGUCCAGGAGGCCAACAUCCACCAGUUCAUGGGUCAGUUUCAUGACAAGCUGCACCAGAUCUUGAAAAACUUGCUCCAGCGGUCUGAUGAGACACGCCACUUGCUGCUCACGUGGUUGGGCAGCUGUCUGCAGGCAAACGCUGGUCGGGCCAAGAUAUGGGCCAAUCAGAUGCCAGAGAUCUUCUUCCAGAUGUAUGCUUCAGAUGCAUUCUUUUUAAACUUGGGUGCAGCACUACUGAAGCUGUGCCAGCCCUUCUGCAGGCCGCGAUCGGCCAAACUGCUCACCUUCAACCCUACCUAUUGCGCCCUCAAAGAGCUGAGCGAAGAAGAGAGACGCAACCGUAACGUGCACGCAACAGGUCUCGACAAGGAAACCUGUCUGAUCCCUGUGCCCCCUCAGCAGCCGGUGGAGUCUGCACAAUCCUACAGCCUGCUGACUGAAAACCUCGUCCUCACACAACUCACCCUGCAUCUUGGCUUCCACAGACUCCAUGAGCAGAUGGUGAAGAUGAACCAGUCUCUCCACCGGCUCCAGGUGACGUGGCAGGAGGCCCAGCGAACGGGCAACCCAAUGUCGGAGCAGCUCCUGGAGCAGUUUGAGCGUCUGAUGAUUGUUUACCUGUCAACCAAAGCUGCCACCACGCAGCCUGCCAUGCUGCAAUGCUGCCUUAACCUUCAAGCUUCCACGGCUGCUCUGCUGGUUCAGCUUGGUUUGGGGAACCAGGGCCCUGAACAUGUAGCACUCAGUUUUCCCCUGCCCUCCCUACAGAAUACUGUGCUCUGCUAUGUACCAGAGUUUUUUGCAGAGAACUUGGGAGAUUUUUUCAUCUUCCUGCGUCGAUUCGCAGACGAUGUUUUGGAGACUUCUGCGGAAAGUCUGGAGCAGAUUCUUAACUUCAUCACUGUCUUCAUGGGCAACGUAGAGAGGAUGAAGAACCCUCAUUUAAGAGCAAAGCUUGCAGAGGUCUUAGAGGCGGUGAUGCCCCACAUGGAGCCGGUAGCUCCUGGUGCUGCUCAGCCAAUUGUGUUCCAGCGAGAGAGAGUCUUCUGCUCCUAUAGACAUGCACCUCAGCUGGCUGAGGCCCUCAUCGCUGUAUUUGUAGACAUUGAAUUCACAGGUGAUCCUCAUCAGUUUGAACAGAAAUUCAACUAUAGAAGACCCAUGUAUCCCAUUCUCAAGUACAUGUGGGGUAAAGAUAACUACAGAGACAGUGUCAAGCAUUUGGCGCACUAUGCAUCUGAGAACCUGGAGGCCAUGAAUCCCCCUCUGUUUCUCAGGUUCCUCAACUUAUUGAUGAAUGAUGCCAUCUUCCUACUGGAUGAGGCUAUUCAGUACCUGAGUAAAAUCAAGGUUCUGCAGUUGGAGCGGGAUCGAGGGGAGUGGGAAGGCCUGGCCCCCGAUGCUCGAAGAGAGAAGGAGUCAAGCCUGCAGAUGUUUGGACAGCUGGGACGCUUCCACAACAUCAUGUCUAAUGAGACCAUCGGCACACUGGCCUUCCUCACCUCAGAGAUCAAGGGGAUCUUUGUGCACCCCUUCCUGGCUGAGAGGAUAAUCUCCAUGCUGAAUUACUUCCUGCAGCACCUGGUGGGUCCUAAAAUGGGUGCCCUUAAAGUCAAGGACUUCAGUGAGUUUGACUUCAAGCCCCAGCAGCUUGUUUCUGACAUCUGCACCAUCUACCUGAAUCUGGGUGAUGAGGAGAAUUUCUGUGCUACUGUCCCAAAGGAUGGACGAUCCUACUCUCCUACCCUCUUCUCUCAAACAGUUAGGGUACUGAAGAAGAUAAACAAGCCUGGGGACAUGAUUGUGGCUUUUGAACUCAUUGCUGAUAAAAUAAAGUCCCAUGCAGAUAGACAGCAGCAGGAAGAGGAGACGUAUGCAGAUGCCCCAGAUGAGUUCUUGGAUCCCAUCAUGUCUACUCUGAUGCUCGAUCCUGUUCUUCUCCCUUCCUCAAAUGUCACAGUUGACCGCUCAACUAUAGCAAGGCAUCUCCUCAGUGACCAGACAGACCCUUUCAACCGCAGUCCCCUAACCAUGGACCAGAUCAGGCCAAACGAGGAACUCAAACAGCAGAUCUUACAGUGGCUGGAUAAGCAUAAGCAGGAGAGGCUGCAGCUGGGACCCAGUGGCUAGCCGUGAUCCCUCGCUGUGAUAAAAAAUGACUGCAUCCCUGUUUUCUUUUCCCGGCUCACAUCUCGCGUGCUCCUCUGCUUCUUGGCUAAUCCAUGGUGUGCUUGCCUCUGUGGAUUUCUUCUGACUCCUCCAGUCAGACUAACAUUGCAUUAGCCUUUACAUGCAGCCUUCACGCUCAGUGGAUUCUCUCUGUGACAACAGUCCAGGCAAACUGUAGCCCACUGGCUGGUGGUCAGAAUCCAUACCAAUCCACACAGUAGCUGUUCAACUCCCAUCAUUCCCUAUGGUAACAUAAGUAGGGUGAUACAAGCACUGGUUCCUCUCUCCCUGAAUACUGUGUAUUAAUUAGUUAUUAUUACAAUGGGAACUGUGGCCAGAAGUAUCUGUUUCAACAGGACUUGUACUGUAUGAACUCCUGACCACCUGGCCCUUACCAGAUUUUAUACUGCAAGGUAAGUAUUUUUGGGAACUCUUAAGGCAGAAAAUGGAUGGAAUUGUUUAUGAUUUGACCUUGAUUUCACCUUAAUUUAGAAUACAUUAUGCAUUGCCUUUUAACGUUCUUGAACACCCUACAUUUCAGCACUUUGGGUUUAACUCAAGCAGCAUUGUAAAUAAAAUUAGGGAUUAAAGGCAAAGCACAGGUAAAACUGAAUUUAAUUGUGUGUGACUUUUAUUUUAGUGGAAAUAAUCUAGAUUUACUUGGAGAUGUUCAAAAUAUUGUUCCUUGUAAUAAGACACCUGAAGCACAAAACCAUACUGUGUAGACUUUUUAUGUAUUUUAACAUACGUAUAUAGAUAAGUAUCUUCGCAUCUUCAUUGCACCUGCCUUUAACCAAGCACUAAUUAAAGUCCUCAUUAAGAUCUGAGAGCUUGCUAACUAAUAGGUUGUUGGAUAUAAGGAUUUAAAAUGUGUUUCAGUAACUAUACAAUAAUUACACUAAUUUGAACCACAUUUUAGGCUUUAAUACAUGCAAUAACAAGAAAAUGUAGUCUACCUAAAAAUGCCAGAAUGCAUUCUAAAAUCACUUGAUUGAGUGUGGCAUUGAUGGACACUAUUGUUAGGUAUGCCAUGUUUAGGUUACAAAUUAAUACUAAUUGACGUAGUGUGAUGGGCAUCUUGAAAGCAAAAAGCUGUAGUAUUAAAGUGUAGUCCUUAAAAAUAACAUUUUGGCUGGCAAUUUAAAUUAUAAAUUAAAUAUUGUCUCCGAUUUUAGAAAGCUCCCUUUAGAGCUACAGAUGACAUAAUGCAAUUGUUUUCUUGACAAGUAAACUGACUAAUGUGUCAAAUCUGUGAAGUGCUUCUUUAAGAAACUCAGCAGUGGAUCAUGACUACAAAAUGACUGAUCCUGGCCCAAAAAGGCAAGAAGAUGCUAUCAAAAAGCUGCUUUCUAUUUCAAAUGUUGAUUGUUCAAACUGGAAAAAAACAUGGUGGCUGUUCUUGAAAUGUUCUGAAAAUUUCUCCUUAACUGUCCACCUAAAUUGGACUCACUAAAUCUGACGUGAAAAAUAAGCCAUGCAUUUGCUGAGCCAUACUUCAUAAUAUAUCUUCAAUGCCUAGCUUUCAUAAAAAUGUAGAGACAGCAAGUCUAAACAUUUCCUGAUUUGUUUGGUUCAUCUUUGACUGAGCUGAAUGGCUUCAAUAAAUGAAUCGAAAUAUGAGCUUCCAAAAUGUAUUCCGGCUAGUUUAUUUCCAAUAAGAUUAAAAAAUCACAAUAUUUUCUCGAUUUAAUCAUAUCAACCUCUGUUUUGUUUAAUUAUAAGUUCUUUACAAUGACCACAUUUCUUGUGAUUGAACAAAAACAAAUUAGCCAGAAUAUAGGGUGUUCAAUAAUGUUUGACCGGCAGAGUGUAUAAUAAUCAUUCUUAUCCUUUGAAUUAACAUUCACCAGAUUAACUGACGUAUCCUGAUCUACAAUUUUAAUCAGAUUUUUUUGUUGUGUGCAAGCAUAGUGUAUUAACAUGUGGGCAAACAAAUGAUCAAUAGAAUCGGUGCCUGACACCAAGAGCCUUGCCGUAAAUGUCAGCGAAUGAGGUUCUGACUUGUUUCAUACUCUUAAGAGACAUAAUUAUGAGUUUGUUUCUUUAGGGUAUACAGGGAGCUGUGGGUAGAAUAUAAAAGAAAGAAGAUCAGAAAAAAGAUGACCUGUUUUUGAGUAGCUUUUUGAAUUAAAUAGUUUUAAUUCAAAAUCAUGUGGUUGUAUAAAAUGGCAAAAUGUGAGAGAAAGAUUAUGUAUUUGUUGGCAUGCCCUCAUACUGUAUGUUGACUAUCUACCACCUGAAUGAUUACAUGGGUUAAAUUA